UCUUUGGAUUUGGAGGGGAGGAGUAUAAAUGCUGUUUCCGCGCAACUUUUAGUAGUUACAUCCAACGACAGAAAGAACGCAGAGCUGGAAACAGUAAUUUAACCGCAUUCCAUUCCAAUAGACGAUGAAACUUUCACCACUUCGGUUGUGUACCUUCCUUGGCAUGCUGAUGGGCGUGGCUGUUGCUGUAGAAGUUCCAUUUACUCCAGGCUUGCAAAAAUUCAUUUUAGACAUGCACAACGAAAUGAGAAAGAAACAGCACGGCUCAAACAUGAAUGAAUUGGUGUGGGACGACACGUUAGCUCAGGAAGCUUUAGAGUGGAUUUCCUCCUGUACGUUUGAACACCAGAUGAAGGGUCGCGGAGAAAACCUGGCUUUUAACACUGACGAAGAGAGUAACGAGGCACUCAUCACUAAGUCUAUGGACGACUGGUAUAGCGAGAUUCAAUACUUCCAGUACGGUAACAAGUCCUGCUCAAAGGAAUGUCACUUCUCACAGCUGGUUUGGGCUGAGACAAGAAAGGUGGGAUGUUCCAUGGUCCGCUGCCCUUCCUUCCACGUCCCUUGGGAUCCUGACACCGUCAUUCCUAACGCCUGGUACAUCGGCUGCUUUUACGACCCCAAAGGAAACGAUUACGGUGUGUUCCCCUGGCUACAGGGAAAGCCUUGUUCUCACUGCCUGAAGGGCCAAACCUGCUCGCUAAAUGGCCUUUGUCACGGAGAAGGCAUCAUUCCUUGUGUGAACAUCGAGUCCAGAGAGCAUUGCAGUUUUUGGUAUGAAGUGAAGGAAUGUGAUACGAACCCCAAGUUUAUGCACAAGUUCUGCAGGAAGGCAUGCAAAAUCUGCAAACCGGCACCUGGUGAAGAGGACGAGAAUAAUGAGCCUUGUGAAGAUUUGUCAAAGUAUGCCCUGAUGCGCCAUAAUGGUCGGCUUGCGUGUGAAAUUUGGCGAGACACCAACCAGUGCAACACCAACCCAUUCAUGAAGACUGCAUGCAAGAAAACGUGUGGAUUCUGCUAGGUACAUGUAUGGAUUAGCCCAAGUUAGUAUUCUGUUACCUAGCAAGGACAUUCUGCUAGAUACACCGGCUAACCCACUUGAGCAUCCUAAUAAAGAUCUUGCAAAUCUGAUUGGUACUUUGGACUAGCGUUCUUUGGACUUAUCAUUCUAUUAUAGAACUAUGAACUCUGCCAAGCCAGGAAGGAACAGGCACAUGUAAUAAAUCAGUUGCAAAAACAUUCAUCAAUCUAUAUGUAAUAUAUGAUUAUUUUAUAAAUUAAAGAUUACUCAUUUAAAAUCAA